UGGAGACACCGGCCGGCGUCGACGGCUGUUGCGGAGCUCCUUUACUCGCUCGGGUUCGCGUGUGUGCUAAACUCCUAUUCGACCCACCGUACGUAGCAGUUUUCUCUCGAACACCAAACGUGACGAUUAACCAACAGGUACGAACUAAACAAAGUGUUAUCGCUCGUCACGCAGAGGAAUCGUUUCGAAAAGGGGCAAGUGUCGGAUUCAGUGCGCGUUCGACGUUCGAGGGGUCCUCUGCCCUGAGCCAAUCGAUCCCUCGAUCGGGACAAGUUCGGUUCGACUGUGAAAUGCGAAAGUGAACACUGUCUCGUGGCAAGCGGGUGCAUGUACAUCGCAGGACGAUGGCCGAACUUCGUGUUUGCCGGUUUCUCGUGAUCCUCGCUUAUUUGGCGGUCGUCUUGGUGCUGGGGCAGAACCCCGUCGAGGAGAAGACCACCUUCGAAGCUGCCUUUCAAGGAAGAUGCGGGCACGGGUCUCCCUGCGAGCAGCUCUGCUACGAACUUCACGAUGGAAUGUACGAGUGCGACUGCAGGGACGGGUACAUUCUUCACAAAAAUGGGUACAGCUGCGCCGAGCUGAAUUCGACGUCCCCGUCGGCCAGCGAGCUGGGCGAGCUGAUCGCGGACGUUGAGAACGACGAGUUAAACAAGGACACGGAUGACGACGAAGACGCGGUCGAGGACAUCCUUUAUAUGCGCGGGGCGUCGUUUACGAUACACCUGGACCCGCUACAUGAGAACAAUACAGUAAAUUCUACGAAGUCCAACGAUGAGACAGGCGCCACUCUCGAUCGAGUCGAGCUGCGAGCUACGUCUCAGGGUCCCAAUCUGGAGCAGAAACUCCCCUCCACGAUGGAGAGCAUAGUGAUCACCGAGCCGUCGUGCUCCCUGGACUGUGGGCCAGCUGGCAACUGCUACAUCGAGCAGUCCAGGGGGGAUGACGUCGAUCUGGGGGACGACGACUCCGACAACGUGGACGACGACGACGACGACGCCUCGAUGUCGAUGGAUCUCGAAGGGAACGACGUGGCACCGAGACGGAAGCAAGGGUCCUUCAGGCAGAGGUGUCAAUGCCCCCUAGGCAGAGGCGGCGAUCGAUGUCAGCUAGAGGCUGAGGUGAGAUCGCCCCGUUUCACGGGCUCCGGCUGGCUGGCGUUUCCCGCUUUAAAGGCCGCUUACAAGCACGUCCAAUUAGAAUUGGAAUUCCGGCCCGAGGCGUGGGACGGAAUUCUGCUCCUCGCUGGGGAGAGGGACGAUCUUCAGGGUGACUUCAUGGCCUUGAUACUGCAUCACGGUUUCAUCGAAUUUAGGUUCGAUUGCGGCAGCGGAGUCGGCACCGUCAGGAGCACGCAAACAGUGAGGCUGAACGAAUGGAAUACCCUGACUGUCUACAGGCAUCGAUGGGACGCUUGGAUUCAGCUGAAUCAAGAGAAACGCGUGGAGGGAAGAUCGAAGGGCUUGUUUGCGAGGAUUACCUUCCGCGAACCGCUCUUCGUCGGCGGCCCCGGAAACACAACCGGCCUGGAGCGACUUCCGGUGCGGACCGGAUUUAAGGGUUGCGUCCGGCAUCUGGAAGCCAAUGAACACCGCUAUCGCUUCCCCCUUGCACCGCAGGGGGAUGCUGCGAAUGGUUUCGACGUUGAGGAAUGCACCGCGGACAGAUGCAGCAAGGUGCCCUGUUCCCACGGCGGGAAAUGCUUGACUACUGGCGGCGACACAGCCGUGUGCCUCUGUCCCCUCGGAUACACCGGCGACCUGUGCGAGACCAGGGUGGAUUUACAGGUACCGUCGUUCAACGGAUCCUCUUAUCUUCGGUACGCGGGAUUGGCCGACACGUCGCUAUCUUGGCUGGAAUUGGCUGUCACGUUGAAACCGACCGCCAUGGACGGCGUUAUACUUUACAACGGCCACCAUAGCGACGCUACCGGAGACUUCAUCGCGUUGUACCUCUCCUCCGGACACGUUCAAUUCACCUUCGAUCUGGGAACGGGACCCGCCACUUUGAGAAGCGAGAAACCAGUACGUAUUGGCGAUUGGGUCGAGGUGCGAGUCUCGAGAACCGGACGUCUGGCGUCCCUGGAGGUGGAGGACGAUCCUCCCCAGGAAAUCCUGGCACCAGGAGCUUUCACGCAACUGUCUCUACCGCUCAAUCUUUACUUGGGCGGUGCACCGUCCACGGACAUGUACUCGCCCAAGAUGAAAACGACAGCCAGCUUCGUUGGAUGCGUUCAAACCGUCAUUCUGAAUCGUCGCGAGAUCGGAAUUCUCGCCGAGGCUCUGGGCGGAGUGAACGUAGGGAAUUGCGGACACGCGUGCGAGGCAAGGCCCUGCGGAGACGCGGAAUGUCGUCCGCUACGAGACAGAUUCACGUGUCGGUGCAGACCCGGCAUGCCUCAUCCGUGUCCAGCACCGGACGACAACACGAUCCUCGGUGCCUCACCAGUGAAAUCAAUUGUGGGGACGCGAUACGAGAGAUCCGUGCCGAGCUUCUCCGGAAGCGAGAGCUACCUACACUACAACGACGCUGACACGAUGAAGAGGAUAAUAAGCUACAGAGUGGACAUCAAUAUGAGAUUCCGGGCGAGCAGCAGUAACGGUCUGCUGCUUUGGAGCGGCCGACAAGCGGAUCCGCAGGAACAAAGGGACAAGAACGACGACUUUCUUGCCCUGGGCUUGGAUCGCGGUUACCUGACUCUAGCUUAUAACCUGGGCUCCGGCGAGGCCGUUCUGCGGUACAAUUUAACGAGACUGGACGAUGAUCUAUGGCACCGCGUUCGGGCAGUUAGGAACGAACAGUGGGCGUCGUUGGUGGUCGACAGCGGCACGGGAGUCUCGGCGUCGUCGCCAGGACAGCUGAGACAGCUCAACACCGACACGGGCCUUUACGUUGGUGGUGCGCCAGACAUCGUGAGGACAACAGGGGGCAAAUACGUGAAGGGGAUCGUCGGUUGCAUCAGCGACUUAGUUCUGGACUCUGACUUCUCCGUCGCGCUGCUAUCACCUGCACAGGCGACAAACACUCACUCGUGCAUCCCCUGAAAGACAUCCGUGCCGUCCGAGAUUAGGUGGUUGGGUCCACGCGCGCACACGCUGGACCAACGCUAGGAUAUGAAAAUAUACAUCACGAUGAAUCGCUGGCGUGGCCAGGACAACGACGAUGCAGCGUUCAAAGUGGAACCUCGAGAGAGAGAAAAAAAUAAAUAAAUAAAUAAAACGCCUUGAACGCUUCGUCACAUCGGCGUGCGAUUUGUACACCCCGAUCACAAACACACACGGUUCAUCACUUUUUGUACAGACUCAUCCAACGACGAAACCCUCUCCGAGAAGGGGAUAAAUUAAAAAGGAAAAAUGGAAAAAAAAAGAGAAAAAAAAAGUAACGAUACGAAGACAGAAAAAAUGGUUAACGGAGGGACGAAACGAGGAUGUCUCGUUGGAUUAGCGGUCAACUUGUAAAUAUUAACGAAAGGUAAAACGGCGGUGUUUUCGGAGAUCUCUGUCGGUCGCAUCGCGACGUAUUUCCGUUCUGCGACAACUUCCUGUCCGCGACCUUCGCGAUCGAAGGAUCGACCACAUCGAAACACCAAGUUCUCACAGCGAAGGAAAAUGAAAACGAGAAGAAGGAAGGUUCUGUUCCGCUUAUCAUCCGCCCACCCCCUCGAGUUUUGCGUUACUUCGUGUCGCGACGAAUUCAAACGAUUGUUUUGCGAGCCCCGAGCGGUUCUUUGAAUUCUGUUCCGAGUUCCUACGGGCUGGACGGAAGUUGUCACGCGUGGAACGGUUCUCUCUAGUCAGUCACGACCGUCUCUGGCCGGAUUAAGAACUCGACGGGGCGAGUCUCGAGGACCGUCCUCGGCCUAAUAAGAUUAAAGUAGAAAAGUGCACACAACCCCUCCGCGUCAAUUUUUAUUACGCCCUUCGAGUGGACGAGAAGCCUUCGAUUGCAUCGGGAUUCAACCUCAGCGAAAAGCAAAUUCAAUGGAGCCAUCUAACCCUUUCGAUCACGUACAAGGACGAAUUCGUUACUGUUCGAAAAAUCUGUGAUGGGAGUCUAAACAUGAACACUUGUUUCGAAAUUUUCAACAGAACUAUAAUACUAAACAAUGAAAUCUGAUUAUUCUAAAACGAAUUACGUUGUAACACUUCGUUUGUAAUGUAUAUUACGUGACAACGUAAACAAAAAUUCUGUAUCGAAAGGAUUAAAUGUGUCUAAAGCACUCGAUGGCACCGCUAGAUCGCGUACAGUCGAAGGUGGUGUUUCUCAAACUCUGGUCCAAGGACCUCUAAAGGAUCAAAGGUAACAGAAGAUAAAUUUUUGUUAUCGUUCAAAAGCCAAGCAAAACAAAUUGUGUAAUUCCGUAACAAGAAUUCGAAAUAUUCUUAUAUAUUACAUAUUCUCAGAAAUAUUUUUCAAUUGUGCGUUAAUAAAAUAAUUUGAUCAGGUCCUCGCUAGGUAGUUGAAGAAACACUGGUCCAAGGGUUCACUUUAUUUUCACGAUACGUGUGUUGUACAUACGGCUGCACGUCUCUCUAGCACCGUUUCAUUUAGCACGUUCCGAGCGCAGGAGCCUCCGAACCCUCGGAUAAAGAGGAUCGAGUAGAAUCGAGCGGAGAAAUUAAAUCAAUUACGAAAGGUACAAGAAGGACCAAAAGCAAUUGACAUCGUCACCGAUGCGAAAGUAGUUGGAAUCCCCCCCGCGAUCAAGCCACUGUACGUGGAGAAAGUAUCUUUUUGCUCGACGGGUAUUAACUCGCUGAUGCUAUCGACUUUCCAUCGACUACACGAGAAAUUAUAACGCUCUGGUUGAUGAAAAGGAUCAUCCAUCUUUUCAAUAAAAGGGCACCAUAGAUGGGCAAAAUUUUAUUCGAAUGAUAGAUGAAUAAAGGCACAAUAAAAUAAAUAUAUUCAGAUAUGCCUAUAUUCUUUUAACGUGGUAUAAUUUAAUACGGUCAGGAGGCAUCAGAAAAUUCUAAAUCUUUCGUGCAUCCUUUUAAAUAUUGAUAGCAAUUAGAAAUUGGCGAUUAGGAAUUAUUUAUAGCGUUCAGAAUCUCACCCAUCUCUGAGUCCUCGGCUAUCGUCGCGCACGAGGGGAAGUCCACAGCGUAGCGAGUCCUCGAGCGCGUGUUCUCCGUUGUUAGCGCGCAUGUGCGUCCGUUUCCUGCGCAUUUGGCGCCUCGAGCGAACCGUGUCGCCCCAUCGAUGGGCAUAACUCUCACCUACGCAGAAAUUUAGUUAAUCGAUCCUUUAACAAUGAUUAAAAUUCGUAUCUUAGAAUGAAAUAUUUCAAAUUUAAUUGUCCGAUCGAACAAACCGUUUAAUGUAAUUUAAUGAAAAGGAUGAAAGGUAACGGAGAGGAUCGUGGCUACCGAUGGCAAGAUAAAAACAUUCUCUAUGUACGGAUUUUUAUAAAUUCUCGUUGCUUUUGCGUCCGAAUCGACGAAAUACACGGAGUUUGGAAGAGGACUCGGCGCGCGCGCGCGUUCCCGUGCUUACGAAAUCACCACUAAUGCUUUGUAACCGUAAGUACUUCCUGCAAAAUCGGGCAGCGUGCACGCUCCUCGAAAACGUUUCCGCUUAUGAAGCACGAGCCGCACGUUCGUAAUGGUUGAAUAUCUGUAUAAAAAAAAAAAGAAAAAAAAACUAGCUACUUAAUUACGGAGAUAUCCCUGCAUAUUUUCUUAACAUGGUAGGGCUUUUUCAAGCGGUCCUGAACGAACGGAUCCGGCACGCGUUAAAGCACCCGGCACAACUCGAGCCACGAUAACGCAUAGACGACCAAGGAAUUCGUAAUUCAGAAUUUGUUAUAGUAAAUCAGAUAGGGGCUUUUUAGGGGAUCGAGGAAGACCUUGGUCACUCUCAACGGCUCCUCGUUUCAUCCUACGUCGUUUCAUCAAUUACAUUUCUCCUUUUUUUUGUAUUAUUAAUAACUACUCCCGUUACGCGCCUGUCUGUCUGAAAUUACAUCUCACCCUGUCUGACUAGAAUAUUUAUCUCUCAAAGAACUCCCCCACGAAAACAGAAAAGUCGAAGUCAUCUACAAGGGUCAUUUAGCAGACCUUAGGGCCUGUCUUGGACGUGAGCCUUGUCAUCGUUGAAACAGUUUCAAAUUGCGUCGCGUCCAAGGCAAAAUCUGUUGAAUAACCCUCGCUGAUGUAUCGUUCUUUGUACAAACACUAUUAGUAUGCGUUAUGCGUCCAGCUCUGUGAUCAUAAGGGCGCACAGGACGAACAUAAAUCCAUUCGAGGCUUGGUUGUGCCAGGUGGAUUAAAAGGAGCGGAUCGGGAUCAGUCGGAGCCAGGUCAAUACGUAUACACGUCAUAUCGUAAAGGAGGGCGAGACGAAGCGUAAGAAGAGAUGUGGAUUAACGAAUAGGGGUUUAAGAUGUAAAACUUUAGUUACUCCGUUGUACGUGAAUGAUUUGAACGGACGAUCGAACCCGAACACAUCAUGAGAAAAGCAAUCGGCUGUAGUCAAUUUUGUACGAAUGUUAUUUUCUUGAAAUUAUAUAAUGAAAAUAUCAAAGAUGAAUGGUAGUUACGUAGCAAGUACAAUAUAUAAUGUAAACGAUUCAACGUGAAGUCUAGCGAUGUAAAGACGGAUGUAUACGAGGCAGAUAACUUUAGACUGUCUCGUGGGCACUCUCCCUGUUUCGUACUGUUACUGUGCACAAUUCUUUCGCAACGUGUGUACAUACCAACCUCCGUGCGACUUUUCGAGCUUGCAUACGUGCAACUUUCAGUGAGGAUCAUUUGUUUUGCACAGAGUGCUGUCGUGCACGUUCUUUUUCGACGUUAUAAACCGACGUUUAUAAAAUGUGCACUUUGUCUUUCCGUUUCGAUGUCGUGCUCAAUUGUUUGCAUCUCCCGAUCACCUGUUCACGCUGGAUAUAAGGUUCCUCAACGAUUUCUGCUGUUAACGCGUAGCAACAAAUGAUGACUCGACAUUGUCGACGAUUGAUUUCGAUAAAUACAGAGAAAUUUACCUAAGCGAUACAUCGUUCUAAAUCGUCGUCAGGAAAUUUUCAACUGACUCGUGUGUUUUAUUCGAUCUCAAAAAUGUUAAUUUUGAAAAAUAUUCGAAUGCGUUUCACCGUGAUAUCGUUUAGUUUUAGCGAUAAAAUCUAGGCUUGUGCGGGUCCCGGUCGGGACGGGAAUUCCUCCCGGGAUCGGGAUGGAAUUCCGAGAAUUUCAGAAUCCCGGAUGUAUUCGGGAUUCCCGGGAAUUUCGAAAUCCCGUGCAUUCGGAUUGCUGAAAUUUUCAAGAAUAACAACACUUUCGGAAAUCCCAGAUAUUAUUCUAUAUCCCGAACAUUUUCGAGAUCCCGUACAUUCUCGGGAAUCCCGAAUCAACUCGGGAAUCCCCCACACCCCUAAUAAAAUCGCGUCUGCCGUUGCCUUUUAAGUUACUCGGACGGAUAUGUAAACCGAGGGUAAACGAGUGCAUGAUCGAGUAUCGAACGUCGCUCUGUCUGCCUCGCUUGGCACGUUUCUCUCGACCAGUUUGAAGGAAAGCGGAUAAUUGUUUUCGCGAUCAACGCAUACGUUGCAAAAACGACCAAAAACGGUUGUCGAUCAGCAUAAAGAUCGAUUCAGAUUAUACGACACGGACCGUCACGUUCCGGCAACGACACGUACCGGCACCGACACGACAAAGCAUUAAAACACGCAUUUUAAUGGAACUAUUCACACUUAACAGACACCGACCUGAACGUUCCGUCAACGGGAAUAGUGUGAACAGUCCAUUAAAACGCGUGUUUUAAUGUUUUGUCGUGUCGGUGUCGGUACGUGUCGUUUGCGGGAACGUGACGGUUCGUGUCGUAUAGUCUGAAUCGACUUUGAGUCGUACAAAAUGCCUGAAUACCCCGCGACGAUUACAGCGAAUCCGAAUAAGGGUGAAGCGAAUCGUAUACUCGCGCACACGUCCAUACCACCACCACCACCACCCCCCCCCCCCCCACUGCCCCAUUUUCAAACCAAAAACGAACAAAAAAAAUUGAAUCGCUGAAUGUUAAAGAAACCUUGGACAAAAGAGCGAGAAAAAAAGGGAACGCUAUAUUGAAAACGAAAAAAAAAAAUAUCAUACAUAUUAAUAUAUAAUAGAUAUUAUAUUAUUACUGAAUAUUAUAUUAAUAUAUGAUGCUAUAUAUUAAAUAUUUCUAUUAUGUCCGUCUGCAAAGUCUAUUAGAAGAGUCUAUCCUGUCAACCUAUUCUUGCGACCCAUGUGAGUCUCCUCGAAUAUAUAUGUAUAUACAUAUAUGUAAGUGUAUGUAUGCAUGUAUGUAUGCAUAUAGAGUGGUCGAAACAUGAUUUUUUUCAUAUUUCGAUGCUGCAUAACAAAAAGAAAACGGGAAGAAAGAAAACCGUACGAGCACACAUCAAUGAACGAGGCGAAUGCGAACAGUUCCCAAACGCUCCAACCUCGGAUGAAUCAAUUAUUCGUGUAGAUCGUUCGAUGAUUAAUCGCGCGAUGGAGCUUAUCGGAUCCGAUGGUAUCACGCGACCGUGCACAGGAAAUUCUUUUAUUAGAAUCGUGCCCACCGAAAUACUUUUUUUAUUAUUAUUAUUAUUAUUAUUAU